CCAGAGGAGCAACGUCGAAACUGUUACAUUGUAUUUGGAGUUGCCGAAAAUAGUGGUGCGAAGAAACGCUGAAAUAUGGCGGACGCAAAAUCUCUUUUUACUCUGUUGGAAAGUGCAGCAGGAUAUGCUUUGUUCGAGGUAGUCGCAUUUGAAGAGAUUGGCGGCUUGUUGGAAGACUCUAUGGACACCGUCACCGAUUUGCAACGCUUUAGCCGCGCAGUGAAACUUAAGGCGUUCAGUCCAUUUGAAAGCGCCGCCGAAGCCUUGGAGAACGCAAAUGCUGUUUCGGAACACGCCAUGACAGGAACACUUCACAAUUUUUUAGAGAUGAACCUCCCUAAGGUCAAAAAAUCCAGCAAGACGGCUUCAUACGCACUUGGAGUCAUGGAUCCGGCCUUGGCCACGGCUAUUUCUGAGGGUCUUGGUGUUUCAUGCCGUUCUGAUGAUACGAUUCGAGAAAUUGCCAGAGGCUGUCGAGCGCAUUUGGAUACUUUUGUCAAAGGUCUCGAAGGCGGCGCAGCUGAAAAAGCCCAGUUGGGGCUUGGCCAUUCCUAUUCGCGUAGCAAGAUCAAGUUUAAUCCAGCUCGUUCCGAUAAUAUGAUCAUUCAGUCGAUCGCUUUGUUGGAUCAGCUGGAUAAGGAUGUCAACACCUUUGCGAUGCGCAUUCGUGAAUGGUAUUCCUGGCAUUUUCCAGAGCUGAAAGACAUUGUGAAGGAUAACAUUAUGUUUGCCAGAGCAGCAGCGUUCAUUCAAGACAAGAACUCCCUUUUUACAAACAGCGCUUCUGAUUCCGGAGAAAAAAUUGUUGGGGAUGAGGACCUUGCCAAACAGGUCAUCGCUUCCGCGCGUACGAGUAUGGGAAUGGACUGUAGUCCGGUCGAUAUGAUCAACAUUGUUAACUUUACGACUCGCAUGGUAAAGUUAGCGGAAUUCCGGAAACAAUUGGGCAUGUACCUAACGGAAAAGAUGUCCAUUGUCGCGCCGAAUUUGUCGGCACUAAUUGGAGACACUGUUGCAGCUAGACUUAUCAGCAAGGCUGGUUCGCUGACAAACCUCGCCAAGGCUCCUGCGAGUACAGUGCAGAUUCUCGGAGCUGAGAAGGCUCUCUUCCGGGCCCUCAAAACCAAGGGUAAUACACCCAAGUACGGCUUAAUUUAUCAUUCUACUUUCAUAGGACGCGCCGACGCAAAAAACAAGGGCCGCAUAUCUCGCUAUUUGGCUAAUAAAUGUUCGAUCGCUACACGGAUCGAUUCUUUCUCGGACGAGCCUAGUCGCUUAUAUGGAGAAAAGCUUCGAGACCAAGUCGAGGAGCGGCUGAAGUUCUACGAGACGGGCCAAGCACCAAGACGCAAUUUGGAUGUUAUGGAGGAAGUGAGCCGGGAGCUCAGAGCCGCCAAGGGAGAAGAAGACGACAAUGUUGAGAUGGAGGAUAUCUCGAAGAAGGACAAGAAGAAAAAAGCGAAGAAAGAAAAGAAAAGCCGGAAGUCCAGUGAUGCUAUUGAAGUUGAUGAAGAACUCAAACGGUCAGCGAAAAAGGCGAAAAAGGAAGCAGCUUCAUCGGAAAAGAAGAAAAAGAAAAAGAAAUCUAAAAGCGGAGAUUCUGAUUAG